AAUGCCGCCGCACCGGAAGCAGCGUCUGUCUGUUAGCUGCAGGCGAGGGCAGAAAGAGACGCUGCUGGGCGCCUCCCCUUCCCCAAACCGACACAAAAAAGCACCGAAAAUCAGCGAUAAUCUGCGGCGGAUAGCGGCCCGAAGAGCGCAGGCCCUCCGCGGACAGAGCAGCACCGGCGGAGCGGCUCCAGCUCCAGUCUGAGCUCCGUUUCAUAGCUCUAACUCCUCCUUCUCUUUCUCUUUUGUUUUCUCUUCUUUCUCCUCCAACGCUCCUCCUCUCUUUCCUCCUGUCUCCUCAUCCUGAUCAUGUGUGAUAAUGGCGAUGUGGAGGACAAGCCGCCCGCUCCGCCUGUCAGGAUGAGCAGCACCAUCUUCAGCGGCGCCAAAGACCACGCCCUCACCGCCAAUCACAGCUCCAAGCCCCUCCCAUCGGUCCCAGAGGAGCGCAAGCGCAACAAGAUCUACUCCAUCUUCUCCGGCGCAGAGAAAGGUGGACGCAGGAAGGAUCGUGAUAAAGAGCGUCCUGAAAUCUCUCCACCGUCAGACUUCGAGCACACCAUUCAUGUGGGAUUUGACGCCGUUACUGGAGAGUUCACUGGAAUGCCGGAGCAGUGGGCUCGAUUACUGCAGACCUCCAACAUCACCAAGUCGGAGCAGAAGAAAAACCCGCAGGCCGUUCUAGACGUGCUCAAGUUUUACGACUCCACAGGCAACGGCAGACAGAAGUACCUCAGUUUCUCCUCAGAGAAGGACAGCUUUCCCUCCGGUGAACAGUCGCCUGCAAAGAAAACUCCAGAGCCGUCGUCUCCAGUCAAAGCAGUGGAUGAUGAAGAUAAUGGUGAAGAUGAAGACGAUGAUGAUGAUGAAGAAACGCCGCCGCCUGUCGUCGCACCCCGGCCUGAACACACUAAGAGCGUAUACACUCGACCGUCGGUCAUCGACCCACUCCCCCCGCCGGUGACGUCUCCAGAAAGUGACGCAGCGUCGAAGGCCACUGACCGACAGAGACCCAAAAAGGGCAAGAUGACGGACGAGGAGAUCAUGGACAAGCUCAGAACCAUAGUCAGCAUUGGAGACCCCAAAAAGAAAUACACACGAUACGAGAAGAUCGGACAAGGAGCGUCAGGAACCGUGUUCACCGCAAUAGACGUCGCCACUGGACAGGAGGUGGCCAUCAAACAGAUCAACCUGCAGAAACAGCCCAAGAAAGAGCUGAUCAUCAACGAGAUCCUCGUCAUGAAGGAGCUGAAGAAUCCAAACAUCGUCAACUUCUUAGACAGUUUUCUUGUAGGUGAGGAGCUGUUUGUGGUGAUGGAGUAUUUGGCCGGCGGGUCGCUCACCGAUGUCGUAACUGAGACCUGCAUGGAUGAAGCUCAGAUCGCCGCUGUGUGCAGAGAGUGUUUGCAGGCGCUGGAGUUUCUUCAUGCUAAUCAGGUCAUUCAUCGAGACAUCAAGAGCGACAACGUGCUUCUAGGAAUGGACGGUUCUGUCAAACUCACGGACUUCGGUUUCUGUGCCCAGAUCACUCCCGAACAGAGUAAGAGGAGCACGAUGGUGGGUACGCCGUACUGGAUGGCUCCGGAAGUGGUGACGCGCAAAGCCUACGGACCCAAAGUGGACAUCUGGUCAUUGGGCAUCAUGGCUAUCGAGAUGGUGGAGGGAGAGCCGCCGUAUCUCAAUGAGAAUCCACUGAGGGCGCUGUACCUGAUUGCAACCAAUGGCACUCCAGAGUUGCAGAGUCCCGAAAAGUUGUCGCCAAUCUUCCGAGACUUCCUAGGUCGCUGUCUGGAAAUGGACGUCGAGAAGAGAGGUGGAAGCAAAGAGCUUUUGCAGCAUCCCUUCCUGAAGUUGGCCAAACCUCUCUCCAGUCUCACUCCUCUAAUUCUGGCCGCCAAGGACGCCAUGAAGAACAACCGCUAGCAUCCCGCUAGGAACGAGCUGUGCUCGCGAGCGCAGCGGACUGCUGAACACUCUCGAAAAAAAAAAUCUGUGCCAGGUGUUUUUACCAAGUGUGUCAACAACAUAUCUGUGUUGCCAAAACAAAAACUCCAAGCAUUUCAUUUUGGGUCUUUGCCUGUUUUUAAACCUAUAUUGACCGCUGUGGUAUUUGGAGGGCCAUUAGACGGUCCUCCCCAUCUCAUUUAGAUUCUUGUGGGACUUUGUCUGUGUUUUACGUAUGAACUCUUCCACUCUUUUUGGCUUCUGUAGACCUCGCAUCUUCCAUGAUUGACGACCGGAUCAGUUAUGGCGAAUUCAGAUGCAGCUGGAGACGUUGUUUUGCUAGUCUUUCUGUAGCCAGAAUCACGACUGAAAACUGUGUAGCCUACUCCUGUUCUUGACCCGAAGGGAAGAGCACUUUACCAAUACACGCCAACUGCGAGCAGUGAAUGAUUUUUUGUAGUCACUCGUGCCUUUGUUGUUAUUCCAGCAAACACCUUUAUAUACUCUGUCAGAAACAAGCAGAUUAUUUUGCCAUCGAACUUCCUCUAACCUGAGACGUGACGAAACUUUUCAUGUGAUGAAGUUGUAUGUAUAGGAUGACGUACUCCGAAGAAGCGUAGCAUUUCAGUUGACGUAGUUAGCAAUGAAACAGGGAUGCGUACUGUAGAUUAGAUUAUUGUGUAUGUUUGUGUACAUGAACACUCUUCUGUUGUCCUUUUAGUAACGGUUUAAGUAAAUGCGGUUGUCAUGAUGUAAGAAUUGAUGACUAUUUUUAUGCUUGUCGGUCUCACUCGUUUUGCAAGUAAAAUCCGGACUCCUGCAAA